AUUUACGUUGGUCUCAAAUAUGGGUCACCCUGAUUCUGAAUAACACUGAAGGCACUAAGAUCUAAACACAACAUUCACCACAACGGGCAUGAAACUCCCGCCUGGCCACGCCCGUUGAGCUUUCGUUCCGUUCGCUCCGUUCUGCCGGGAUCUCACCUGACAAGGUCGCCAUGGGUCCGCCCCCAGUAGUCACGGGCAUUUCGCCCAAGGAGGCCACGGCCGGCAUGAAACUCACCAUUCGAGGCGAGGACUUGGGCGUGUCACCGCAAGACCUGAUCGGCAUUGUGAUUGCGGACUGCGAUUGUCUGAUGAGCGCGGAUUGGAAGUCACCCAACAAGAUCACGGCCCUGUGUCCGGGGUCGACCUGGGAGGGCGUGAGCGACAUCAUCGUGGCCACCCGCUCGGGUGGCAUCGGGUCCUGCAACGUCCAGCUCAAGAUCUACAAGGAGGCCGUGGGCUGGCUCAAAGAGGUGGCCGUGUGGACCCAAGAGAAGUACCCUCUGCGGCGCAAGAACCGUGUCCUGUCGCCCUCUGGCGGUCUGGAGCACGAUGACGCCCUAGGAUUGUCGGUGGAGGGCAAUGAGCUCAAGUAUCCCGUGGAGGAGCUUCGGCAAAUGUUUCCCGAUCACACGGGCGAUGUGGGCUCGGAGCACUUUGAUCCCGUGUAUUAUUUGCUCGAGAACCACUAUCAAACCGGCUUUGAGGACUUGCAAGCCGGCUUGGGCUAUUUACGGCGCAAGGUCAACGGGGAAAAUGAGAGCCAGAUCUCGUUUAUCAAGGGCAAUGUGAGCUCCAUCAUGGAUCAGUUGGACUCUUUGAUGAGCAUCAAGCGGCAAUUUGAGGGGGAUAACAAGAAGCACGGGGCUCAACCCACGGCUUCAUUGGAAGCGGCCAUUGCCAAGGCCAAGAAGGAGGCCGAUGAGAUGUUCAAGGAGGUCUUGGGGCGAAAAGACGGAGCGGAUGCCACGCGGAACGCCCUCAAUGUGUUGAAUCGAUUCAAGUUCCUGUUCAACCUGCCGGCCAAUAUUGAGACCAAUUUGGCUAAGGGCGAUUUUGACCGCAUCAUCGACGAGUACGAGCGCGCCAAGAGCUUGUACGGCGAAAGUGAGAGCGAGAUCUUUCAGAUAUACCUACAGGAAGUGGGCCAAGGCGUGGAGAAACUCAAAACCCGACUCUUGCUGAAGCUUCAGGAAACCGGACUCACCCUCGACCAACAGAAGAAGAUCAUCGCCAACCUGGUGCAACUCAAUUUCGAAGGCGAUCCCGCCUGGGAGUGUCUCCAGGUCCAUUAUCGGGAAGUACUCGGGCGAUUGGACGCCUGUCGGGACGAGUAUAUCGAGCUUAAUCACACCGAAGUGAUCGCUCAGCCCCAAUUCGGUGUGGGCGCCUCCACGCCCACUUCCAACCAGGUCCUGUUUCCCGAAGAUGACCAGCCCAAUGAUGGCGUGCCGUCGCCCGUGAUGUUCAUUGAACAGGCCACAGGUCUCGUGGCCCAAGAUUUCCCCGCCCUUUGGAAACUUGGGCAAGCCUAUUUCAAGGGCGACUUGGUGGUCGAACCCGACGGGGGUAAGCAAACCGUGUUCAAAGAGAUGAUUUUGGGCGGGAUUCGGUACUACUCCAAUAUGAUCCGAUCGGCCGUGAUCCCGCAAACCUUGAAAGAUUUCGAACGGAAUGAAUACGGCCUUUGGCGAGACGAUAAUAUCAAAGUGGUCGGACCCUGGCUUCCCUCGUGCUUGAGACACGUGCGGAAGAGCUAUUUGUCAUUCAUCGAGUUGGAUCUGCCCUUGCAGGCCUUGAAUAUCGUCAAGCGACUCACCACGGAUUUGCGGAUCCAGUGUCUUCAGACGGUAUUUCAAACCGUGGUAGAUCAAGUCCACCUACUCCCCGACAAAGAAGAGUUUCGGGAGGACAUCACCGACGAGUACGGAGCCGUCACGGAACUGCCCAAUCUCUUCGAGAUCAUCGUCAUCCAAUCUGUGCAAUUGAUCAAGGAGUCUCUGUUGCAAGAGGGCAAACACGAAGAGGACAUCCUGUCCUAUAACAACGCCCAUGAUGACCUGGAGCUCAUGAUUCAGAACGUGCUCUCCUCGUUUGCCAUCACACUUGAGAACGUUGUCAACGAGGAUUACGACUCAUUGAGAUUUGCUCCGACGGACUCCGUCAAGCUCCUGCUAUGCCUCAACAAUUGCAUGUUCACUCAAUCCCAAGUCCUGCCCAAAAUCCAAAAAGCCUACCAAGAUGUGGGACAUCUUUCCUUGGAGCGACCCAUCGCCGAGGCGUCCAAGAACUACACCGUACUUCAUGGGAAGCUCUUCGAAGCUUACUUGGAGCAGAAAUGCGAGCAAACCGUCACCAACAUUGAGCCCUCUAUGUAUGUAGGCAAGUUCGAUUGGGCCCGUUGUCCUCGGCCCGUGGAUGCCCGUGAUUACAUCAAAGAAAUCAUACACAACGUGAUCCUGGUUCACAGUGAAGUCGAACGGAUCUCGUCUAUUUCGAAUCCGAGGCACAAUUACAUUGCCGGGAUCUUGGAGCGAGUGGUCGAGACCGUGGCCGAGGAAGUGAAUCGCCUGUUCUGUUGCAUUAAACGGAUGAACUCUAACGGAUGCAUUCAGGCGUGGGUGGAUAUUCAGUGCUUGCAAGAAAGCCUCAAGAGGUACUUGAACAAAGCGGCCGGGGAUUUUUUGGCGGAUUCCGCCAAACCCUUAAAAGAGUUGGAACGACCGGGUGACCGUCAAGUCAUAGACCAAUGCAUCGAGGUAUUCAAAGAUCGUAUGCGGCUCUCUUUGGCCGCCCUGAGUUAGCCUACUACUUUGAAGGUUCUGUUGGUUGACGUGAUUUUUACAUGGAUUAAUGAAUAUAUAUUUAUAAAAAAAAAAAAAAAACGAAGUAUCGAUCUCUUGACGGGAAAAUUCAGUUGUAUAUGAUAGCAUCCUUUUUCUCCUGUGUUGGAGGAGACGACAAGGGGCGUUUUCUGAGGACGGCAUGAAGUCAAGUCGAGAAACGGAAAUCGAGGGAAGAACGAGAUCAAAUUCGGAUUGGCAGAAUGAA